AUGGGUGUACCGCUGCUCUUGACAUGGCUUCGGAAGCGCUUUGCUGACUGCUUCAUGCCGGCCGACAGCGCAGUCACCAACUACAUUCGCGAAAGCACCGACAACCUUUUUAUCGAUCUCAACUCCUUCUUGUACCAAGCUGCCACCAUUAUCACAGCAACCCACCGUUCGCACCGCUUCAGCUCCGUCGAUGAGGUGGAGGAUGUAGUGCUGCGCAAGCUGUUUGACCUCCUCGACGACCUGGUCUCGAACCUCGUCCAGCCCAAGGCACUGGUGUACAUCGCGGUGGAUGGGGUGUCGCCACUGGGCAAAAUGUCGCAGCAGCGUGCGCGGCGGCGUCGUGGGGCGCGCCGGCAGCCGUCCGCCUGGCCGUCGUCGUCUUUCCACCAUCACGAGCCGGCGGGCAACAUCAAUGACCUGUGGGAUAGCAACUGCAUCAGCGUCGGGACGCGCUUCAUGGCGAAAGUCACGGAGGCGUUGCACUUUUACGCUGUGAGCAGGACAGAGAGGAUCAACGCGAAACGACUUCGCGAAGAGCGGGUCCGCAUAGCUAGCGCCGAUGCGUCAGUGGACUCCGCCGCCCGCGACUCUGCUGGUUUGCCGUACGCAUUCCCCUUCCUCAACAUCAUCGUCGACGAUGUCCUACGCCCCGGCGAGGGCGAGAACAAAAUUGCCGAGUUCAUCCGCCGCAUUCGCGCUGAUUCGAGCUACGGCCCCAACACGUCGCAUGUCAUCUGCAGCUCUGACACAGACGUUACCGUGACAAGCCUAAUCCUGCACGAGCCACGUAUCCAUGUCCUGCGCUACGAGCCGCCGGCUUCUCUGGGAGGUAGGCCGCCCAUGAAGACGCAGCCACCACCCCAGCAUCACCACCACCACCGCAACCACCACGGGCACGUGCGCUUCUCCUCUCAUCCGCAUCGCGGCGGUGGUCCUUCGUUGCACGGGCCGCGUCGGGUCGACGGACGGGGCGGCCAUGCCCACCGUGGGCCACCACGUUCCUCUCCGGGUCACUGCACCGGUGCCGCUGCGCAGCCAUCGCAUGUGAAAGAUAGCUGGCUCUCUACCUUCUUUAGCAUUCACGUCUUUCGCCAGCGACUUCGCGAAAUCCUUCACAUGUCACCCGGCGACGACACUGCUACAGCUGUCGCGGACGCUGCUGUGUCUCCGGUGGACGCCGAGGAAGCCACCCUCACCUUUGAGCACGCGUUGCACGAUGUUGUCUUUGUGCUGCUGCUCUUCGGCAACGACUUCCUGCCCACCAUCGGCGGCAGCAUUCAGGAGGGCACAUUAGACGCACUUCUCUCACUACUGGCGACCGAUUUUGUGCCGCGUGGGCGGACCCUGGUGAACCCGGCAACAAACCACAUUCAGUUUGCGUCCGCCCGCUACCUGCUUAGCCGCCUGGCGGAGCUGCCUGGCAAGGCGAAAAGGGGUGGAAGUGAAGGUCCUCUGCAGGUGCACAACGGUGGCUGUGGCGCGCUGGAGUGGGGCUUCACAGACGAAAAAGAAGCGAAGGCGCAUGAGCCCACCUUUGUCGAGCGGCAGCAGCGACGUGAGAAGCAACACGAGUCCAUGUGCUACUGCUACUGGACAAUGCUGCAGUGGGCGCUGCAGUACAGCGCCGGAAUUGUGGAGCACUGGGGUUGCUACUACCCAUACGGCAGGGCACCCCCUUUGUCAAAACUAGCUACGUACUGCGGUGUGCUCUCCUACGAUGCACUUGGAGAGAUCGCGCGACGGCGACUAGAAGUGAACGCCGCUGCUGGACGCGUUGCGAGGCGCAUCGAUGGCAACCCCGACAACGCCGCCGAGGAGGAGGACGACGACGACGGCAUGGACGGGCUUCCGAUGCCAGCGCUGCAGACCGGCGAGACUAACACGGCGAUGAUCGACGCAGCAGAGCGUGGCAAGCCAACGGAUGUAAUGGUACAGCUGCUGAUCCUUAUCCCUCCGAACAGUGUGACGCUGCUGCCCACUGUCUUCCGGCACCACUACAAGGAGAUCGAGGCGGCUGUGCAGGCACCCGUGGAAGAGCUGAACCUAGUGUCCAUUGGCUCCUGGUGCGAGGAGAAAAAGCGCUGUCUCAGCGAAGAAGAGCGGACGCGCUUCACAGCGUACCAGUUCUUCGCCUCCGACGCUAACCUUGGCACCGCAGAAGCCCCAUUUCCCGCGCAAGAUAUCACCUUCAGCUCCUAUUGGGACGGGCCUGCGGUCGAAGCUGAGUUGGCGGCGCUGCGAGUGAAUACGAAGGCAGCGGCGAGUGGUGCCGUCGGCACCCUCGUUACUGCCAGCGCUAUGUCGUCUGCCUCGGCGGCGGGUCUGCAGAAUAAGGCCGCCUCCUUUUUCAGUUUGGGUCGUCGGCCGACUCCCGGCACCUCAAGCAAUGGCGGCGCAGCCGCACUCUUGGCUGCCGUCAACAUCACUAGCGCACCUGCCUCGCCGCCGCCGGUGCCAACCACGGCGGAGAUCGAGACUCCAAGCACAGAGACACCUGCGAGCGCGCUAACCGAAGCAACCCCGACAUUGCAACAGCAAACACAGCCCGUAAGGCUCCGGCACCCAGCAGGCGAUUACGUACUCUGGGUAAUUCGAUGCGAGGCUCUGCAAGAUGCACUAAUGGUCAAGGCGUUGGGCGCGAUGCACGGGAACCGCUUCUGCGUGGGCAGCUACGUGCCGCUUGUGGAGCAGGACGCCGUACUCAGCCGCAGCAGCGGGCCACGGCAGGAGGUGCGGCUGCAGUUUCGUCUUGCUGUGGCCCCAAUGAUCACGGACACGACAUACGCGGCGCGCCUGCUCUCGGGGUACAAGGAACCAGCAGUGGUCGGCAUGCGGGAACGGAUCGUGGAGGCGCGGAAAGAGGAAGCUGACCGGGCCGAUCCGUGGAAACAGUUGGACAAGAUGCAGACGCUGCGACAAGAACGCAAGCGCUCCCGCGACAUCGAGAGCGAGAACGCGUCCAGUGAAUGUGAGCUGAAGCGCGAACUUGCGCACGCUGCACCAGCGAGCACCGACGUUUAUGCGCAGGUACUGCCGGAGGUAGAGCUGCAGGAGCAAGACCAGGGGUCGGUCGGCACGGUGGACUCGACAACUGAGGCAGACGAUGCGGAAGCGCUUCUGCAGCUUCGCAUGGCGGAAGCGCGGCGGCGAUUAAUGGCCUUGAAAGCUGCUCGACAGGCCGCGCAACAGGACGAGUGA